UCCCGGUCCUCCUCCAUCGCUCGCUCGCACUUUGUGGUGCGUUAUCGCAGGGCAGUAUGAACGUCUGGACCGAACACCGUAAUCCGGAAGGGAGAACAUAUUGGUUCAAUACUGGAACGAGGGAAAGUGUCUGGGAGAAGCCAGAUGACCUGAAGACUCCGUUCGAGCGAGCCUUGAAUCAGACGAAAUGGAAGGAGUAUUUCUCGGGUGGCAGGAAGUAUUACUACAAUACUGACACGAAGGAGUCCAAAUGGGACAUGCCCGACGAGCUGCUUCUUCUCCUCGAGAAGGUAGAGAAGGACGGGAACGCACAACCAGCCAACGCUCUAGUAACGAACCGCGGUACUCCAGCUUUCACCCCCUCUGGGACUUCAAUGCAAGGUGCACCUGCUGCUAUGGGAGGCGCUGAUCCAUCCUUAUCCGCCCCCGGUUCUCAGGAAAACGGAAAUCCCGAGCUUGCUGUCGUUGCACACAGUGGCACACUGCCAUUUCAGUCUGCUAGUAUCUUGCCUCCACGGCCUAAUCUACCGGACGACCCUGUGAUACCACACAAUGGGUUCACAACGGUGGAGGAGGGAGAGAAAGCAUUCAUGCAUCUGCUGCGCAAGGCUGGCGUGGAUGCGAAUUGGACGUGGGACCAGACGAUGCGUGCUAUCAUCACUGACCCUCUGUACAAAGCGUUGAAUACGUUGGCGGAGAAGAAGGCUGCAUGGCAAAAGUACACGGAUAAUCUCCGAGCAAAGGAACAGGAGGAGCGUGACGCUCGACUGUCGAAGCUACGUCCCGCCGUCAGAAACAUGCUCAAAGGCAACCCAAACGUCUUCCAUUACAGCACCUUCGCCAAUGCGGAUAAGCUAUUCGCACAGCACCCUAUCUGGCAGCAAGCGAAGAUUGAGGCUGAGCGGAGGCUCAUCUUUGAGGAGUACGUAGCUGAACUGAAGCAGCGCGAGGUGCAAGAGACGCGUGCGGCACGCGCUCGUAGCGUCGCCAAGAUCAUGGCUCUGUUCAAGCGCCUCGACGUCGAUGUAACCACCCGUUGGCGUCAGGCCCACCAGCUCGUGCUCGAGUCCGACGAGUGGAAGGGUGACGCAGAGCUGCAGACGCUGCCAACGCUCGACAUCCUACUCGCCUUCGAGGACUACAGCCGAGUUCGUGAGCGAGAGUUCGAGGAGCAGAUGCGGCGCGCACAGGUUGAAAAGACGCGCAAGGAGCGUAAGGCCCGCGAGGGAUUCCGGACCCUGCUUCGGAGUCUUGUAAAGUCCGGUCAAAUGAAGGCCCGUACGAAGUGGAAGGAGAUCUACCCCGCUCUCGCCAACGACGUCCGCUACCUGGACAUACUCGGCAACCCCGGGUCCAACCCGCUCGAGCUCUUCUGGGAUGCAGUCGACGACCUCGACCAGCAGCUCGAUGCAAAGAUUGCUCUUGCCGAGGGCGCGAUCAAACGAUACAAUAAGCGGCUGGAGGAAGAGUAUACGAGCGCCGAUGGUGAUGUCCAGAUGGCCGACGCACGGGAUGGCAAGGAGAGUGGUGGUGUGAAGCCGUAUAAGGUCGCUCCCGAGACGACCUUGGAGGAGUUCGUUGCUAUCGUCAGAAGAGACAAUGAUGAGGUCGUCGGAAAGCUCACCGAAGAGGAGCUCGACGAUAUUUAUCACACGUUACACGACCAAGCAGUCAAGCAGCAAGCGGACGAAAGGCGACGCGCUGAGAGACGGCAGCGUCACUUGCAGGAGGACCUGCGGUAUGCGCUCAAGAAGCUCCCGGAGCCUCUGGACAUCAGUCUUUCAUACGAAGAGGUUGUCCCGCUCAUCCAAGAUUUGCCGGAGUUCAAAGCGCUCGAGGACGAAGAUGGCAAGAAAGCAGCCUACUCGAAGUUCGUCAAGCGCCAGAAGGAGCGCCUUCGCGAGCAACGUGAACGGGAAGCGUCUGAGGAUGGUGGCUCGACGACAAGCCGCAGGCGUAAAGAAGCAAUCAAAGACUCGCGCGACGAGAGGGAUCGCGAUCGUGACCGAGAGCGUGAUCGCGACCACCGCGACAAGGACCGGGACGAAAAGGACACUCGCAGCUCACGUUCGCACCGUGGACAUGACGACCACGAUGCUCACAGCCACCGUUCGACCCGAGAGCACGGACGCGAGCGUGACAAGGCGUACUAUGGCCGCGAAAAAGAGCGCGAGAAGGAGAGGGAGAAGGACUAUGCGUAUAAGCCUUCGAAGCAUCAUCGCGAGUAUGAGCGUGACGAUAGACGUCGGGAUCGUCGCGGGUCGAGAGGCGAAGACCAUCCUGCCUAUCCCCCUCCACCAGAGGCCCCGCCGUUCAAAGAGGACCGGGAGAGGAGCGCGUCGACCUACCGAGAGGACCCUCGCGAGAAGCGCGACCGGUCUAUGUAUGAGGACAGGCCGUACGAAGAGCGAGCAGAGAAGCGACCGAGGUACAGUGUGCCUCCGGAGGGCCUUCCACAGGAAGCACCAAGACAAGAGCCUCCUGCACGUGCGGAGACUCCGGAGGAGGGCGAGAUAUAGGCUAAGGCUAUAGCUCUGCACACCCU